AACAUUAUUAAGCACCUUAAAAUGAAGUUAGAUUCAAAGUUUUAUUCUUUUAGUAAGGCAUUUUAUACAUGUAGAAAUGCAUUGAGUGUAGAAUUAUUUAAUCAACAUUGGGAAUCUAUGUUAAAGUCAUUUCCAGAAUAUUAUAAUUAUAUGAACAAAUUUAAUGCUGGUAUACAAAGUACUCAAAGUGUCGAAUCAUUUAAUGAUAUUAUAAAAAAAGCUUUAAAUUGUGUGAGCAUACUUUGUGAUGUUGAAACAAUAAUUAAUAAAAGACAUGAGAAUGAAUCUCAAUAUUGUAAGCUAGUUGAUCUUAAAGAUCAAUAUAAAACUAUUGGUCUUCCACACGUUUCAUCCCAAUUUUUUUCAAGUUUAUUUACUUAUGAAGGUUCAUUAGCCUUAUCUUCUGUUGAGAUUUUGGACUUAGAUACUGUUAAUGAUAACUUUAUAGAAGAUGUAUUGGAUAAACUACAAAUGACCUUACAAUCUUUACUAAACAGUGAACUUUCAUGUAAAGAAAAUUUGGUAGCAUUAUCAGCCAAAACUGCUAUUAAUAUCACCUUGGCAACUAAUAAAGAUGCUGAAUUGGUUCAAAUAUUGAAAGAUUUUAUUGCAGCUAAUCAAACGAAGCAUGAAAACGUGAUAGAAGAAACUAACAACAGUAUUAGCGCAAAAGAUAAUAAUUUUACACAAGAUACUAGUGAAAUAAUUCCAUUGCAACAACAUUUAAUUGAUCAAUUAACUAGUCCAAAAGUUACCAAAAUUCGUGGUGCUCCUUGUAAAAAAAGAAUUAAAGGUUUUGUGGAAAUAUCAAAAAGAAAAAAGACAAUGAAUGAAAUUACGAAUGUUAUUCAAGAUAAUAGUGAAGAAGUAGUCUUAAAACAGCAACGCAAAUACUUAUUAUGUAAAAACCCAGGUCAUUAUCAAAAAAAAUGUCCAUUUGCUAGUACAAUAGAUAAAGAAAAUGAAUAA